GCGGCGGCAGCCAAUGGGGCCGCGCGUUGUUGCGCGGUGCCCGCGGAAGAGCAGCGGCCGCCGGUGGGUGCCCGCCGCGGGCCCGGCCUCAGCCGCCGCCUCCUCCUCCUCCUCCUCCUCCUCCUGCUCUCGCCAUGCGCUGAGCGCCCGGUGCCGCCCCCCCUCCGCCUGCAGCGCGCCCCGCGCCCCCCCGAGGCGUGAAUGACAGAGGAGGUGCCUCCGACUGCACUUUCCGACGUAAACCUGCGUCUUCUCUGCCACGAUGACAUAGACACGGUGAAACAGCUCUGUGGUGACUGGUUCCCAAUCGAGUACCCUGACUCAUGGUACCGAGAUAUCACUUCCAACAAGAAGUUCUUUUCCCUCGCAGCCACAUACAGAGGCUCCAUCGUGGGAAUGAUAGUAGCAGAGAUCAAGAGCAGAACAAAGGUGCAUAAAGAGGAUGGAGACAUCCUAGCUUCCAGUUUUCCUGUGGACACUCAAGUUGCUUACAUCCUAAGUCUUGGAGUGGUGAAGGAGUUCAGGAAACAUGGAAUAGGUUCUCUCUUGCUUGAAAGCUUAAAAGACCAUAUAUCAACAACUGCCCAAGAUCACUGCAAAGCCAUCUACCUGCACGUCCUCACCACUAACAACACAGCAAUAAACUUCUACGAAAACAGAGACUUUAAGCAGCACCACUAUCUGCCCUAUUACUAUUCCAUAAGAGGGGUCCUCAAAGAUGGCUUCACCUACGUCCUGUACAUCAACGGUGGGCAUCCGCCCUGGACAAUCUUUGACUACCUACAGCACAUUGGAUCAACACUAGCCAGUCUGAGCCCGUGCUCAAUUCCCCAGAGGAUAUAUCGACAAGCCCAGAGCCUUCUCUGCAGCCUUCUGCCGUGGUCUGGCAUUUCUGCCAAGAGCGGCAUUGAAUACAGCCGGACGAUGUGACUUGCUCAGCAGCUGUACGAAAACCAAAGGAUUGUUCUUCCUUCCACAACCCGAACCAUCCGGCUCCGCACUGAUUCCAGAGAUGAUGGCUCUUGGUCAGUGACCCAGCCCCCCGGAAAGGACUCCUUAUUCCACAGAUUGACCAAGAUUUUGCAGACUUCGCACUCGACCGGCUGCAGCCCCGACCUGCCCCUGUGGGCUGGGGGCUGCUGGCGGGGCCCAGGCCCUUCUGCAUCACCGCUGUGUGCGUGCUGCACUGCCCCUGCCACGUCCCUUCCUCUGGACGGUUUGUUUGUACUCGUACACGUGACGUGGAGGGCUUCAGUUGCUGCUUCCGUGCCGCAGCCACAGCAGGCCGUGCGAAGGAGGGUGAUGAAUCUGCACUGGGCGACCUCCUCCGUGAGCUGUAAGCACCCCGGCAGGCUCCCGAUGCCAGCAGCCGCAGCCUGCCCUGGUGGAGGGGGAAGUGGGGAGCUGGGCGGCUGCUUCUGGGCCCUGCUUCCUGCCCCUGGCAGGGGCGGCGGGGAGGGCACGUGCCUGAGAAACGAGCCCAGCCCUCGGGCGUGACGUAAAAAAGAAGCACCUAAUUCAGGAUGCACCAAGUAGAAGGCAGGGAAUGAAAUUGCUAUUUCAUAGUGAAAUAUAUUAUACUGUAUAGAUCCUUCUGCCUCUGUCUGAGUUGGAACUUUGCAGAGGAGGGGCCUGGGGAUGGAGAGCCGCUGCUGCAGCCAGAGCCCUUCUCUUCCCCUGCCUGCAUCCUCCCUUGGCCUUGGGGCUGUGCCCUUGGCCGCCCUCCCUGCGGCUCUGCGGGGGCCUCAGGGCCAGGCCAGGCUGGCUCUGGGCUCACCAGCACGUAACUUCCAGCCUGUGGGGAGAGCCCCGAGGGUCCCCGUGUGCUGUGGCCAGGUCAGGCCCCUUCCUGCACCUCAGAGCACAGGCAGUGAGCACUUGGCUUUUUAGGGGGGAGUUGCUGCAGUUGAGCCAGUGCCCAUGCCCCAGGUCAGGGGGUCCUGCUCCCCUUCCCCACCUGAGGCUCGCUCCCUGCUCAGCACCGCGCUCCUCCCUCCCCUCUUGCAUGCCGGUUUUGAAACUGGGGCUUAAGCAAAGGCAGCGUGAGCUGCAGCAGGCAGAGUGUGCGGGCAGGGAGAGGGGCUGAGCUGUGAUCUGGGGCAGUGUGAGACCUAGGAGGAAAGUGGUAAGAUCUGGCAGUCUGCGUGAUGGUACAGAGUCAGUUCGGUGUUCAUAAGCCCCUGAAAUGGGAGUUAAAGAGGAGCAGGGUGCAGGAGGAGAGCUUGCUGCAGGUGGUUUCUGGAGGAGGUUCCUGCAGGAGGCCAGGAGCAGCUUGGUGCUGAGCACUGCUCAGGGGGCUCUGCCUCAGCCCGAUGCCCCUGCACAGAACGCCCCGCAGGGCACAGCUCACCCGCUGGCCUUCCUGGCUGCAGGAAGCGUUUGGCAGCCCACAUGGCCUGCAAGGAUGGCAUUUUGGGGAAGUGAAAGGCUGUGCUGUGGGGAGGAGCUGCUUGCUCUGCCAGGGCUAGACUAGGUUUGGCUCAAUGAGAGGUUGAUAGCAGAAAAAUACUGGUGUGAGGACAGUGCAGCGUGGAGAACCUCUGUCUGUGGGGCCCUUCCAGCAGUGGGAACCUGCUCUGAGCUUGUCAGGGGCCUCGCUCUGAGGCCGUAGACUCGGUGCACUCCUGAGGCCCCUUUCAGCCCGUGCUCCUCUUUCUGUGUCAGUUCAGUGAUGCAGGCAGUGUGGUGAGGUCAGGCUGCGCUGGGCGAAACGCAGCAGGGCUGGAGGGGCUCGAUUUUGUGGCAGAUGUAGGGAAAAAAAUGUAAAAAACGCUCUGCGGCAGGGAGCUGCAGGAUGAGCCGGGCUGCUGCUGGUGGCUUCAGCCGUGGUGCAUCCCCGAGGCGUCUGCUGGGGCAGGGAGGUGAGCGGGGCUGGGGCACAGCGGGACCGAGACCUGGGCACAGGUUCUGUGCGUGCCGCAGCAGCGCAGGACCCGAGCCCAGCACAGCCUGCAGCAAGGUGGCUGCUUCACGAGACGGGGCCCUGCUGUACCGCCACCAGCUCCCCCGAGCUCCUCCUGCACCGCAGUGGGCAGGGGGCUCCCGCUGUGCCCCCUGACCCCAGUUUCCAGGGCUGUGUGGCAGGAGCUGGCGCUGCCACAGCUUUGCCAAGGCCUGGCUGGGGGGGCUUGGCUGCCCCAGUCCCCUCCGCAGCCACUGCCCCUUGCUGUGCCCACCUCCCGUUGGGAUUUGGGGGAUGGCUCCCCACAGUCCCUCCUCACUGCAGGGGAGGCCUGAGGCACCCUGGAACCCUCCUUUGGGUCACCACCUUUAUUUUUUUUUCUUAUUUACCUAAACAUUUCUAUUGGUUUGUAGGGGUUUUAGCAACUGAAGCUCCUGGCUCUUUGGCACUUGCUUUCUCUGUCCCAGAAUGAAGCUCUGCAUUGCUCCUGGGGGCCUGGGCCUGGCGCUCCCCCACCCCACUGUAUCCUGCCCCCCCACACCCCCUCACUCCUCUGCUGCCCUCGAGCACGUCCCUGGGGACCAGUGACUGGUCUGUGUGUCUUGUUCCCGUCACCCUGUCCUGAGGUGUCAGUCACGGCCCUGCCUCACAGCCCGUUAUUUAUUGAAGAGCAUCGUGCUGCCACUGUCAGCCUCUCUCUAAAUGUCUUCAAUUAAACCAACCCUCUUUUGUGA